GUAACGGACCGGCCCCGCAGGCCGCAGCAGGGUGUUCCCCGACUCCCCCGGUGCUGAGCCAAACAGCGGGCAGGUGCCAUGGGCCCGGGCCCGGCGGGAAGAUCCUGCCUGCGGCCCCACUCACGGCGUGCCGCGUGCGCGCGGCCGGUACGGCCCGUGCACCGCCGCGUACGGCAGGAAGCUGCCGCGCGACCACCUGGGACCGGGGGGGAUAGCAGCGAUCCCCAUCGUGCCAGGACGCGAUACGAUGACAUCCCCCACCUGCCCACUCCAACGGAUCACGGAUGCAUGUGGCCAGCAGGCUCGAUCCGCCUGCCCCGGCAGCCGCACGGCCGCCGACGACGGCCUGCUUGGCGCGGGGGAGGCAGGCAGGGCGGGCGCAGCGCAGCAGCUGGGGGCAGGGCACGGACACGCACCGAUCCUCUCCACCCCGGCCGGCCGCGCGUGAGAUCGCGGCGCGGCCGGACAGGGCAGGGGGAGCCACGAUCCUCCCGCGAUCCGUCCGUGCCAUAUCCGAGGGGAUACGCGAUCCCGGCGCCGUAGCUUGAGGAAAAAGAUACGGCUGCGGAAUCGGAAUCGGAUACACGCUUCGAUUCGAUCCGAUCAUCAUCCGCUUGCAUUGCCGGCGCCUCCACAGUCCACGGCCGCGGGGAGAUUCAGUACCCGCAUCGCGAUCUCUGAUCCCCGAUCCGACCCGGCCCGAUCCCCGAUCGCGCGGCGGCGCCGACCGCUUACUUGCCAUACCCGCCUCCGGCCCCGGCAUAUCCUUCUCUGCCGAGCCGUAUAAAUAGCGCCGCCCUGCCGGCGUGGGGUUUACCAGUAGCCAGCCAUCGUCGUCUCGAGCAGCCAUACCACACGACAUUCCAUGCCGAUGGAGGCCUCGUCGAAGCCGGAGGCGGCGGCGGCGGGCGGCGAUGGGAGCCGAGGCGACGACCUGCAGGGUGCCUGCCGCCGUGGGCGGGGCGGUGACCGCGCCGAGGAGAGGGGCGGUGGUGCUGCGGCCAAGCAGGACGGCAGGGUGUUGCCCGUCGACGACGACGCGGGGGUGGUGGUGGUGGUGGAGCCGUGCGUCAUCGCCGUCGACGACAGCUCCGUCGACCGGGCCCUCGUCACCGCGCUGCUCCGGCGAUCCAAGUACAGAGUCACGGCCGUGGACAGCGGGAAGAGGGCGCUGGAGAUACUGGGCUCGGGCUCGGAGCCGAAUGUGAGCAUGAUCAUCACGGACUACUGGAUGCCGGAGAUGACUGGCUACGAUCUCCUCAGGAAGGUCAAGGAAUCGUCGGAGCUCAAGCAGAUCCCGGUGGUGAUCAUGUCCUCCGAGAACGUGCCGACACGGAUCAGCAGGUGCAUGGAAGAAGGCGCCGAGGACUUCCUGCUCAAGCCCGUCAGGCCGUCGGACAUCUCCCGCAUAACCACCCGGAUGCUGCACUGAUCAGUGGCCACCACAGUCAUCAGAUUGUUAGUAGUGUUUUGCAGUUGCAGUAGACGAAGCGGUCGAGUAAAUUCAGAAUAGCUAUUAGACUGUAACGGGGGCACGACUAGCUUGCUGCUUCAGUAGUAGCAGGAGUUAGCUGUAGGCUCCCAGUAGCGAAUUUCUUAAGAUAAAGAUCUGUAACCAGUACAUGCAUCGUUUCGUUUAAAGGAAAUUACAGUGGCUGGCACUUUUGCCACUAGCAAGUUCUGUUUUCUUACGAUGUGUAUC